AUGGCCUCAUUCCCUCCACAAAUCACUGACUGUAUUGCUGUAGCCCUUCUUCGGUGCGCUGGGCUGCACGUCCGCCAUCGUCUUCACCUGCUUCGGAGCUGCCUAUGGAACUGCCAAGGCUGGUGUCGGUGUCUGCAGCAUGGGCGUGCUCCGGCCCGACCUGAUCGUCAAGAGUGCGUGCUUCCUCCCUUCUACGAAACUACAAUGCAUGAUUCCGAUAAUACUGACUUCCCUCACUCGCCAGACAUCGUCCCCAUCGUCAUGGCAGGUAUCAUUGGUAUCUACGGUCUGGUGGUGUCGGUCCUGGUCGCCAACGACCUGCAACAGCGGCUCCCUCUAUACACGGGAUUCAUCCAGCUGGGUGCUGGUCUCGCUGUCGGUCUGGCCGGUAUGGCUGCUGGGUACGUUGACAAUCCCCGUUCCUAUCAACCGGCUCUCCAAACUCUUGCUAAUGGUGACUUGUUUUUCAAAUACAGCUUUGCUAUCGGUAUUGUCGGUGACGCCGGUGUGCGCGGAACAGCGCAGCAACCUCGACUGUACGUCGGAAUGAUUCUGAUUCUCAUUUUCGCGGAAGUCCUGGGUCUGUACGGGUUGAUUGUUGCUCUUCUUAUGAACUCGCGCGCGAAGGGGGCCGACUGCUAA